AUGGGCAAAACCAAUUUGAUUCUGGGUUUAAAGUCACUCAAAAAGGGUAAAUUUUCUUUCUUUCUCUCUUACCCAGAAAUUUCUACCUUUCAAUUUCACUUUCGAAAUUUUGAUAAAACCCAUUUCUUGUAUAAAAUUUCUGCAAAUGGGUUUCAUUCUAAUUCUAUUAUUAGUAACUCUGAAAGUAGUGUAGCUAGUUUUGAAUGCUUCAUAAACAUAUUUGAUAAGCUGAUUAAUGAUCGGCCUUUACCUCCCAUUGCCACAUUUACUUCAAUUUUGAAAUCAAUUCUUAAAGUUAGACAUUAUUCUGCUGCAAUUCCCCUCUUUAAGAAGUUGUGUUUGUUGCAUGAUCAAAUUUUGCCUGAUUUGUGUGCUCUGAACAUGAAUAUUGAGUGUUAUUGCCGCUUAAAUCAAGUCGAUUUGGGGUUUUCUCUUCUGGGUAAGAUCAUCAAGCUAGGUUAUGAGCCUGACAUUGUAACAUUCACCAAUUUGAUUCAUGGAUUAUGUGCAAUCAAGAAUAGUGUUGAUGCUGUUAAGCUUUUUCACAGAGUUAUUGAUCUGGGUUUACAGCUGGAUUUAUAUACUUAUGGAGCUUUAAUUAAGUGUUUGUUUAAAACCGGGCGAAAUGCUGAUGCAUUGAAGUUGCUUAGGAUGAGAAGACUAAUGGGUUGCAAACCCGAUAUUGGAAUAUAUCAUAUGAUUAUGUAUGGCUUUUGUAAGGACAACCUAUUGUCUCAGGCUUCGGAACUAUUCUCUGAAAUGAUCAGUGAUGGUGUCUUGCCUACUGUAACCACUUACAACCUGUUAAUAUGGGGACACGGUAAGUUGGGGCAAUGA